AUGAGCUCAGCCUGCCAUAGGCUAGAACCGCCACUGCUUAAGAGCCUAUGGUUCAGGGUGCCCAUGGCCACGUGGCCGGUGUACGCAGAGCAGCAAUUAAAUGCCUUUGAAUUGGUGAGGGAGUUGGGUUUGGCAGUGGCAAUUAAGAUGGAUUAUAGGAGGGACACCCAAGUGGUGGUGAUUGCAGAGGAGAUACAGAGAGGGAUAAGGGAGGUGAUGGAGCAUGAUAGUGAUGUAAGGAAGAGGGUGAAAGAGAUGAGUGAGAAGAGCAAAAAAGCCUUGAUCAGAUUUUCCUUUGAUAUAUUAGGUAAGUCCUAG